AUGUAUUUCAAAAUAUUGUUUGUUUUUUGUUUUUGUGUAAACUACAAUGCUAAUGGUAUACCUCUAGAAGCAUCCAUGCAGGAUCUCAAUAGCUACUUCACUCCUCGCGUCAUAGGGGGUGAGAAUACUCCUGAAGGUUACGCUCCCCAUAUGGUAGCGAUACUGAUUGGAGACGAAGUGUUCCAACUGAUAGUUUGUGGAGGUUCCUUGGUGAAGGUUGAUUUGGUGAUGACUGCAGCCCACUGCAUUACUGAGUUUCAAGUACAAGGAGUAUUGAUGCAAUCAUUCCACGCAGUAGCUGGAUCAAACAACUGGAAGACGGGAGGUACAAAGGUCUAUUUCCAGAACUACCACAUCCACCCAGAAUGGGAUCCUGUCCAUAUUAAGAACGACAUUGGCUUCCUCGGACUCACUAAGAAGUUGGAAUUGGGUGAUCAUUUACAGCUGGCUGCCAUGAGCUCAAAGUUUGUGGGUCAAGAAGCCAGUUCUGUAACAGGAUGGGGAUGGAUAGCGCAAUGGUCUCUCACUCCUUUUCAUCUCCAAAUUUUGGAGGUGACCACGUUGUCUCCUGAGGAUUGUACCGAUAGGGUUCGUGAAGCGAGCACCGUCAUGUGGCCAAAUGCCCCUCACGUGGAUCCUACUAUUGAAAUCUGCACCUUACAUUCUACUGGCAGCGGCUUAUGCUAUGGAGACUCCGGUAGUGCCCUAAUGUCGAAGGAAACUGGGACUCAAAUUGGAAUAGCUUCUUGGGCUUUCACAUGUGCUCGUGGUGUACCUGACAUGUUCGUGAGGAUCAGUGCAUUCAAGGACUACAUUGAAUCUGUCAUGGAACAAUACUAA